AUGAAAACGAAAAGACCUGCCCCAGAUACUUGGUUUAGGCUGGUAUCCUAUCUUUGGCUGCCUUUCAUUCCAUUGAUUAUAAUAUUGCUGGUAGGGACUAAACUGCAAGUAAUAAUUACGAAAAUGGGGCUAAGGAUUCAAGAGCGGGGCGAAGUAGUACAAGGCGUCCCCGUGGUUCAGCCGGGCGACGACCUUUUUUGGUUCAAUCAACCACGUCUCAUUCUUUACCUAAUUAAUUUUGUUCUUUUUCAGAACGCGUUUCAACUGGCCUUCUUUGCCUGGACUUGGUAUGAGUUCGGGUUGAGAUCUUGUUUCCAUGAACACGUGGAGGAUAUCGUAAUCAGAAUCUCAAUGGGGGUUGUUGUUCAAAUUCUUUGCAGCUACGUCACACUCCCACUUUACGCCCUAGUCACUCAGAUGGGGUCCACCAUGAAACCGACGAUAUUCAACGAAAGAGUCGCCACCGCAUUAAAAAACUGGCACCGCACAGCCAAGAAACACGUCAAACAGAGCAAGAACUCCCCCACCGGAACGCCGAUGUCCAGCCGCCCGGCGACGCCGUCCCACGGCAUGUCCCCGAUCCACCUGCUUCGCCACUACCGGAGCGAAAUGGACAACAGUCUACAAAACUCCCCGCGAAAGUCAAACCCCAACGUUGACCGUUGGGAACCGGAGUCCCCCUCUCCCACGCGCUUCCACGGCCAGGCCGCCGACUCUUUCCACCACCGCAUGAGCUGA